CCUUACAAUCGACACCCACCAUCAUCAGGGUGUAAGGGGUGCUCACCUCUUAGGUGAGUCCCCCCUCUUACACGUAACCAACCAGAAUAAGCCACGUCAACUCCCCUCUAACACUCCCCUAAUACCCCUUUUUGAUGGCGGCACUCCCCUAUUAGGGGAGUUGGUUUCGAAAGUUGUGCCAUCUUCGAAAGAUGGUUUCGAAAGUUGGUUUCGAAAGUUUGUCAACGGUCUCCCUCGAAAGUUGUGCCAUCUUCACGCGGUAAACCCACACCCAAUUCACACCCCGAAUCGGGACCCCGCUUUGAUGGCGGCGGUGUUCCCGAUCGGGGAAACCUAUCACCGAACCACCUCACCGAAGACGCCCCGUACACCCUCAGUUUCUUCAUUUCUUCACUGAUUCUUCAACUCAAUCGUCUCAAAUUUAAGGCCAAUUGAAUGUCCAUUGAAUUAUCAUCAGUUGUGAAUGUCGAUUGAAUUUCCAUUGAGGUCAUGCAUUUAUCGAUUCAUGUAUGCGAUUAAUGGUACCACUCCUUCGAUGUAUUACUUAAAGAGGGAGAGAGAGUGAAGACUGGAGAAUACGGAGAGAGGGGACUUCGUCUCAUCGGCUCCUAUUUGUAAUUAUUUCAGUUCUUUCCCCCAACAGAGAAUGGGUUGAAGGUGAUUGUAAUUGUGACGGUGGAGGUGGUGGGUUGAAGGUGAUUGAUUGGAAAUUCCCGGUUUCAAGCUUCAACUUUCAACGUUUAACAAGUCUCACCUGCCGUGCUGUGUGUGAAACCACUGUGAUUGAUUGAUUGGAAUAUUCUACGAUCCGACAGACGCCAAAUCUUCCUGGCGGUAAACUGCACUCUCAAUUGAUCGAUUGUUUGUUCGUUUGUGUACUCAUCAGUGCCAAACGCCCAAACUUAGUGCUUGAUUGAUGUAGCUUCUUUGGCUAGGAAGAACCCAUUGGCACUUUCACAUCCGGUAAGUGUUUGAUGAAAUGUCUCAGUCAGUAAGUGUUUUAAAGGGCUCUUGUAUCUGUCUUUUUAGCCACUUGUUUAAUGAUUCUUGUUGAGAUUAGUCAUUCUGAAGUGAUAUUCUUGAUGGGUAUGAAAGAAAUCCUGGAGAUACGUUCCUAUUUUCAAAUAUUGUUGGAAAAUUAACCCACAUUCAGAUCUUUAUUUGUUGUGAAUCGUUAGGUGAUGGAAGGAACCUUCGUGCUUUCUUGUUAUGGUGAUAUAUUGAAGGAACACAUAUAAAUUGUUUGUAAUGUUAUUGGUUUGUUUACGAGUUGAUUGGUGUUAUAUGCAGUUGGGGAAUCAUUGCAUCUGUUUGAGGAAUAAAACUACUAGGCAAUGCAAAAGAUGUGCUCGAUUGAGGGUUUGCGCAUGACUUUUCAACCUCAGCCUCAAGUUUCAAUUGGUAUGGGUGUGAACAAUGAACUAUAUACACAGGUUGAAAUAGAUGGGGAUUUGUGGGGUAAGGGAGUUGGGAUGAAAUGGGAUGAAGCUAAGAUGCAUGCUGCGGAAGCUGCUUUUCAAAAUCUGAAAGCAAAGAUUGGCCAAUUCUCUCAAAAACGUCAACUUUCUUCUAGAUGCAGAUAUGGGUGGAACUUCCUUUAUUACUGGUCGCAUAAUGGAAUUAAAGAUUGGCUGGAUGGCAUAGAUAAAAAGAGCUGUUAUAAUGCUGGUCUGGGCGGCUACAGUUGGUAUUUUUAUUAUGGGCAUAUUCUGCUGUGGUUGCAAAUUGUAUAGGCUGUGGUCUUAAGCGGAAAAUAAUAGCCCAUAUUGGAGUGUUCCGCUUGUUUGUGAAGGCCAUGCUAAGGGUGUGUAAUCUGCUGAUUAAGUCCCAGCUGCACCGCUUGGGCUUAGGUACUCGUAUACAAUUGACAGCCCACUACGUGGUCACCUAAUAUAAUUGCUUCUACUCAUUUUAACAUGUUUUGUUUUUGUAUAAAUUAUUCUAAUUCUUUCCGCGUUGAUCAUGUCGGAUGUUGACGAAAUACCUAGCGCUCACACGAUCGAUCUUUUGAGAUGGUGUGAUGGCCCACCACCGAUUCUUCAUCUAAAUUUGAAUAAUUAUUUGCACUCUUUUGAGUUCAGUGUUGAUCACAGCAGUUGGAGGGCUUCAGUACAUCAGUACCAAAAGGGUAAAACACGAUACGCUCAUUACCAACAAACAGAUUAUCUAUUAGCAGAGUCAGGGUGGCAUUGCAGCUUCUGUAUCCGAACAAUUACAGAUUUUGUAUUCAAGAUGAAAGCUUACAGCCACACGGAUCGAGUCAGGUUCUCACACUUUCUUGACCCGAAAAGGAUUCAGAAUGUAAUAUGCAACGGUGAUGACUUGUACGAUAUGCUUCCUGAAGAGCACACGUUUAAGGAUAUCAUAGCGAAAAUAGGUCCAAUUUCUCAUUCUUAUUCAGCAGUCCAUCUUCCAUCAUAUCUAUUAAAAAAUACAGAUGAAUACAGGUAUCUUUUGCCCGGUAAUUGCAUCCGUGAAGCGGGUUGAAUUCGGGUUGAAUUUUGGUUUAAUGUAACUUUUCAUGAUAUUAACAUAGUUUAAGUACUUAUUUACCAAAAGAUUAUAGGUUGUAUUUUUUUUAAUUAAGGAGUGGUUAAGUUGUACAUUUUUUUCCUCCUAUAAUAUACAUAUGGAGAGUUUUGAAAUCU